AUGUUGCGCGCCGCGUUCCCGAUCGUCGUCCUCUUGUUCCUGCACCAACGAGCAUGUCUCGCGCGAGAGUUGACCUCUGCUCGCGAUCGCCGAGACGCCCGGCAGGAAGACGUGGUCCCCGUUCCCGUCAGCCCGAGUCCAGAGUCGAAGCGCGAUCUCGUGACAGCUGCCUCGGGACACCAAGGACACGAAAAACAGAGUCACGAGUCCGGAGGAGGGCAGAGUCAUCGCGCCGACUAUCACGAGGAACACGGCGAGAAGGGGGAGAAAGGGUACAAGAGUCAUCGUCAUCACGACAAGAACGAUAAGGGCGAGCACGACAAGCAUCACCGUUCUGGUCACCACGAGGAACACGGUGGUCAGAAGAACGGGCACCACGACGAACGCGAGAAAUACGGGGAGCAUAGCGAGGGCGAGAAAGGGCACAAGGGUGGGAAAUUCGGGGAGAAGAAGGGCCACAAGAAAGGCCACAAGACGAAAGGCUAUCACAACAAGUUCCACAAGGACGAGUAUCACAAGGAGCACAAGUUCUACGACGACUAUCACAAGGGUGGCCAUCACAAGAAGCAAGGCGAUUUUUACGGACACCACGAGAGGAACGAAGGACAGCACAAGAAGGGUGGCCACCAGCAUUCCGGCUACCACGAGGACCAUCAUGGCGAAAAGGGCCACCACGACAAGGGGCACGUGGACGAGGAACACAAAGGCCACGAUGGCAAACACGGGAACGACGAGCAUUACAGCCAUCACGAUUCUUACGGGAAGAAAGGUGACCAGCAUUCUGGAAAGAAGUACGGAUACAAUAAGGGACACAAAGGUUGA